AUGUCUUUCCUUCUCAGCAACUUAACAAAUGACUCUAACCUGUGGAAAGUAAGUCAGAAUUCUACGGACCUUGUGAAUUCGCCAGCAACUCUGACUCUUUCUCUUUUCUGCCUGAUAUGUUUAAUGACUCUCGCGGCUCUGGUGGGCAGCGUUUUCUCACUGUUUUCCCUGCUGACCAUGCAAAACAGAACUGUUGUGUCCUUGCUUGUGGCUUCCUGGUCUGUGGAUGAUCUCUUGAGCGUCUUUUCAGUGGCCAUCUUCAUGUUUUUGCAAUGGCCAAAAGAGACUCCAGGCUACUUCCAGUCCUUAUGCACCACCUCUGCCUUACUGUAUUUGUGCCAGGGCCUCUCCAGCAACUUGAAGGCAUCUCUUAUAGUCUUCUACAACUUUUAUACGAUGCACAGGACAGUGGCGAGUCAGUCAGCCUCCUUGCGAUCAGGACAGGUGCUUGGUGUGGUACUGACUGUGUGGGCAGUCAGCCUGCUGCUGGCCACGCUCCCACUGUGUGGCUGGGGCUUCUUCGUGCGCACGCCCUGGGGCUGCUUGACCGACUGCUCCAGUCCCUAUGUGCUGCUCCUCUUCGCCGUGUACGCUUCCGCCUUUGGGCUCCUGGCGGUUCUCUCCGUCCCUCUCACUCACCAGCUGCUGUGUUCGGAGGAGCCGCCGAGACUCCACGCCAACUACCAGGAAAUUUCUCGUGGCGCCUCCACUCCCGGGACUCCGGCUGCUGGGGGAAGAGUGCUCUGUCUGUCGCCAGAGAACGUUGCGAUCCCAGCUCUUAGAUGCGCUGGAGGAUGCUCCCCGAGCUCCGACUCGGUGCCUGGCCCAGGUCAGUCUGCUGCCUCCGGCUCCGGAGCCAGCAAGCGAGAGAAUCCCGGGACUCCCCAUGGCACCAGCAGCUUCCCCGUGAACCUGGCACAGAAACGCUUUUCUUUGAUCCUAGCGCUGACGAAAGUCAUCCUUUGGCUGCCCAUGAUGAUCCACAUGGUGGUAAAACACGUGGUGGGAUUUCAGAGCCUUCCGGUCGAUACCCUCAGCUUUCUACUAACCCUGCUGGCCAGCGUUGUAACCCCAGUGUUUGUCUUGUCCAAACGCUGGACCCACUUGCCUUGUGGCUGCAUCAUCAACUGCCAGCCAGAUGCCUACUCCGUUGAGUUCGAUGGGAAAAAGUCCAAGAGGAAAGGCUUUGAAUUCAAUCUAUCGUUCCAACAAAGUUAUGGAAUUUACAAAAUAUCACACGCAGAUUACUAUGAGGAUGAUGAAAAUUCCAUAUCCUAUCACAACCUGAAGAACUGUGAGUGCGAAGCUACAACGGAACCUGGGGGAGACAACCGCAAUGUCUUCAAUGCCAUUACAGUAGAAAUCAGCACCACGCCACCGGUGGACAGCACCACACUGUCGGGCGUCAACAAGUGCACCAAUACUUCAGACAUCCCAGAGGCCAAAGCCGGCUUGAACGGGGAAAAGAGCGCUUUUUCUGUUCAAACAGAAAGUGAUAUUAACUAUGAAGAAACCACCAUUUUUGAAGGUCCAGAAAGACGAUUGUCUCAUGAGGAGAAUCAGAAACCUGAUCUUUCAGACUGGGAGUGGUGCAGAAGUAAGUCAGAACGAACCCCUCGCCAGCGUUCCAGUGGGCUGGCUAUUCCCUUAUGUGCAUUCCAGGGGACUGUGUCUCUCCAAGCACCUACAGGGAAAACCCUCUCCCUAUCUACUUAUGAGGUCAGUGCAGAAGGGCAAAAGAUAACCCCAGCCUCCAAGAAAAUAGAAGUCUAUCGAUCGAAAAGUGUGGGCCAUGAACCCAACUCAGAAGAGACUCCCUCCACGUUUGCGGACACCAGCGUGAAAAUACACUUGGAGGUCCUUGAAAUCUGCGACAAUGAUGAGGCUUUGGACACCGUGUCAAUCAUCAGCAACAUCAGCCAGUCCUCAACCAAAGUCAGGUCUCCUUCUUUGCGCUACUCACGGAAGGAGAACAGAUUCGUCUCCUGCGAUUUAGGAGAAACUGCCUCCUACUCCCUCUUCUUACCCACAAGUGAUCCUGACGGUGAUAUCAACAUCUCCAUCCCAGACACCGUGGAGGCACACAGACAGAACAGUAAGCGGCAGCAUCAGGUCAGGGAAGGCUACCAGGAAGAGAUCCAGCUGCUAAACAAAGCCUAUAGGAAAAGGGAGGCAGAAAGCGAGCUUAGUUAGGGAUUAACCGGUCUUACAGGGUCAGACAGCUCUGCAACCCUGGACUGCAAAACUUGCCCUAGUCCUGAGACUCAUUUCCCUCUUCCUUCUAAUCAUGGGCUUAUAUAAGCUUUCCUGGGUCUUAGUUUUUGGGGUGACUUGCUGUAGUGCAUACAUACAGUGCAUUUCACACACUACUUAAAAAUCAUACACUGUGGUAAUUUAACAACUUUGUGUCUGGUUUCUCAAAACCUUCCUAAGCCAAAUCCUGAUCUAGUUUGCUAAUAUUUUGCCUAUUUAUGAAAAGAACAUACUGUUUUCAUGCAUGGGUUUCUGCACACAGGCUGCUUUUGACUGCAAGAGGGAAAAGUGAUGUUGUGGAAAUGGAAAAAAAAUACACCAAACUCUGAGUUGUAUCUGAAUGCAUAUUUACCUAAACACGUUUAGCCAAAUGAGCUUAUUUCAGUUACUGCUUUGCCUUUUCAGUGGUCUAGGAAGUAUGUUCUUGUAUAAUAAGGCAAAUUAGCUUCUAACAUGGAAAUUUAGAUGUAACCCUAGUCUAUUGUUACUUCAUUUAUUGUUAUAAAGUACAAGUAGUUUAGCAAGUGGUUCUGUUUGUUUCUCUUGAAUAUAUCAGAGGUAUUCUUUUGCCUAUUCACUGUGUCAAGAUCACUCUUAAAUAUUCUGUAUAUUGCAAAUGGCAUUAGAAAUAAUCUUUAAUUCAAACAUCUCUGGAAAAAAAGCUUGUUAGGUUUCUCUUCCUCCAACAAAUACCCGUGAUAUGCUUUAUUUAAACUCACGUGUUGUGGAAUAUUAGUUAAAGAUGAGUUACAUUUGUUUAUGCUGUGGAACAUUUGUUUAAUGGUGCAAAGAUGUGCUGUAUUUUUUUAUGUUGCAUUUGUUUAACUCUGUGAAGCUGUGUUACUUUGCCUUCUAAAACACCUGAUUGGUCUAAUAAAGAGCUGAAUGGUCAAUAGCUGGGCAGGAGAAAAGAUAGACAGGGCUGGCAGGCAGAGAGAAAAAAUAAGAGAAAUCUGGGAAGAGGAUCAAGGAGCAAGAAAAGAAGAAAAGAGAGGAGGACUCAGGGAGCUAGCCACCCAGCUACACAGCAAGCCACAGAGUAAGAAGUAAAAAAACAGGUGUAUAGAAAGAUAAAAGCCCAGAGGCAAAAGGUAGAUGGGAUAAUUUAAGAUAAGUUGGCUAGAAACAAGCGAAGCUGUAGCCAGACAUUUAUAAGUAAUAAUAAGUCUCCAUGUGUGAUUAUUUAAGAACAGGGUGGUGGGCUGCCCAAAGAGUAAAAAGAGUGAGACAACAACACUCAUGAUCUGUCUACUCUGUGACUUCUGGGAUGUGACACACGGUGAAAUGAGUUCAGGGAAGAACAUAAUCAAUCUCUCGCUUAUGAGAGCAAAGGAAAGGGACCAAGAUGUUCCAUAACCCUUUCUAGAACGUGUUGCCAUGGCUUAAAGACAUCCCAUUAGGCCCCACGUCCAUUUACCCCUCUCCUAAAAGUACUUUCCUGGGGACUACGACUCAUGAUAUUAACCUGUAGGGUCCAAAUUAGAGCAAGCCAUAACCAUCCUGCCAUCCCACAACUGUUCUAUUUCUUUGAAUGGAGACUGGGAGAAAGUCCUGUCACAUCCAAUCCUGAGAGGUACAGCACACCAGGGCAACAAGCUUCUGGCUAAAGAAGAGAAAACCCCCAAGUCUAACCACAGAAGUCUGUUCCUGUGCUGAAGAUUUCCAAGACUUGCUUUGCCAUUCUUGAAGCAUAAAAAAUUUACUUCAAAUAUUAUUUCUAGAUUAAGAACUUUAAGAUUUCCUCCCUAAGGACAAUGUGUUAUCUCAAACAAUAACCAAUUCAACUUGUAUUAUAUUAAAUGAUUACAAGGAAUACAGGACAAGAUUUAUUUUUCAGAUCACCUUAUCAUCAUACCACUGAUGUAUAUUUCAAAAGUGCUGAUAUUUUAAUUAUUUUCUAAUCUUAAUUUUAAAUAUUUAAAAUUAUUAUUUCCAUAUACUUUUAAAUAUAUUACCUAAAUAUUUAUUUACAAAAGUUCUUGUUUCAUGUGCUUAUAGAUUAUGCAUACCUCUAUUGUAGGCAUAUAUGUUAUUUACAGAUUAAAUUAAUUAUAUUUAGAACAGUUCAUUUUGGUUUCUAUUUCAUUAUACUGAGUUAAAACUCUUUUAAAAUUACUUUACAUGAAUAUUUAUAUUGUUUUGUUCUCCAGAAAGUAUUUGCCAUCAAAAAAAUUCUUCAAAAAUGAGUAUCUCAAAAUGAAUAAACAAAUACAUAAAUAAAUAAAUGGUAGUUGUGAUGGCUCAUGCCAAAAUUUCCAGCUUGAAAGAAACCAGAGAAGAGAUGCAAGUUCGAGCAAGCCUGGGCCUUGCAGUGAGUUUUAGGCACCUAGACUACCAAGUAAGACUCUGCCCCAAAAUAAAUAAAAUAUUGCAAGAAAAACAAUACAAUUCAAAUAAAAUGAUCUCAAUGAUUUUUUUCCAUCUCUAAUUACUACUCAAUACCUCAUUAUCUAAACUUAAGAAAAGGUAGUGUCACUAUUCAUGUUUAUCAAAACAGACCUACAAUGUUAUACAUAGCAUAUACAUUUCAACUUACAGGAUUUCUCAUUAUAAAUAUAUUGUUUUAAAAUGUUUUCACCAAAAUUGAGAACUAUUGAACACAAUGAUAGUUUGGCAACUCUGUCUGCUUAGCAUGC